GGUCCGCUCCAGCUGACAGCCGAGGGCCGCAGUGGAUCAGUCUUUCCGGGGUUCAAACAGCAAACCCUGUGUGGUUGUUGGGAACGAAAGGACGCCGAUGGUAAAUUGGUAGUCAUUAUUUCUGUGCAACGUUAGUAUUAACAGCAGACGCACUGCCUUCGGAGACAACAUCCACCCCUGCUGCACGGAUACAAGGAUUUCAGUUUCUUCCACGGCUAGCAGUUAACAGCUAAAUAGUUAGCCACGGCCGCAGACAGGUAUGUCUGAAGUUAGUCUUGAGGCUGAAUCGGGGAACACCUCAGCCGAGGACCCUCAGAUGGAUUGUGAGGAGGCUGACAAAGCAGUGGAGAGUUUGAGUGAGGAUGUAAAGCAGGAGAAUGUAGACAGCAGUGAUUGGAAAGAUGACAGAGCUGGUGUGCUGUACGACAUUGAUAUUGACAGUGCUGAAGAGAAUGCAGAGAGCAAGGACAAGGAUGUUGAGGAGGAGGAGGAGGGCAUUCAGAGUGAGAGGGUGCAGUGCAGUGAAGGUGAAGCUGCAUACACAACUGGCAGUGUAGACAAUGGGGAACGCAGGACAGAAACACCUGAAACACCAGAGGAAAGUGGAGAGUCACACACUCAAACAAAGGACAGCACAAUGGCUGAGGAUUCCCACAGAGGCUCAGCUGCUGAGAUCCCAGUUACCAGCAACGGGGACCUGGAUCAGAGCCCUGACACAGUAUUUCAAAGGGAAUCGUAUCCUAGUGGCCCUGGGGCCCUAAACCUGUCUGAGUCUUGCGUCACGUCCAGCAACUUCGCUUCAACAACAGAGGGCAUCAUUGAAUCAGGACCGUUCAAAGGGUCAGUCAGCCUGCCCACGUCCCCCGUGACCCCUGUAGCUCCCAGCUCGGCUGUCGGUAGCCGCCUGGCUCGCUCUUCCAGCGAAAGUCAGGCUGACACAGGUCCAAUGAACGCACAGCCAAAGAGUGGAGCGGUGGUCCUUGCAGAUGACUUAAAGAACCCUGCCAUGGAAAAACUGGACCUAGUGAGAAAGUGGAGCAUCAACACUUAUAAAUGCACAAGGCAAAUCCUGUCAGAGAAGCUGGGUCGGGGCUCAAAGACCGUGGACCUGGAGCUGGAGGCGCAGAUCGAAGUUCUUCGCGACAACAAGAGGAAGUACCAGAAUGUGAUUAAACUGGCUCAGACACUGGCCAAUCAGCUCUCCCAGAUCAUGCAGACGCAAAGGCAGCUGGGCGACGCCUUCGCUGACCUCAGUCUCAAAUCGCCAGAACUCCACGAGGAGUUCGGAUACAAUGCUGACACCCAAAAGCUUUUGUCCAAAAACGGAGAGACACUUCUGGGUGCCAUCAACUUCUUCAUCUCUAGUGUGAACACACUUGUGGACAAAACAAUUGAAGACACCAUGAUUAAUAUCAAACAGUAUGAAAUUGCAAGGGUUGAGUAUGAUGCAUAUCGCACAGACCUGGAGGAAUUAAACCUGGGCCCACGCGAUGCCACCACCAUGCCGAAGAUCGAGCAGUCCCAAAUGCAGUUCCAGAUGCACCGUGAGAAGUACGAGAGGAUGCGAAAUGACGUCUCCGUCAAGCUGAAGUUUCUAGAAGAGAAUAAGGUGAAGGUUUUGCACAAUCAGCUGAUCCUGUUCCACAACGCUAUAGCUGCGUACUACGCUGGAAACCAACAGCAGCUGGAACAGACACUCAAGCAGUUCCACAUCAAGUUGAAAAUGCCGGGUGGGGACAGUCCGUCUUGGCUGGAAGAGCACUAAAACACUCACCUUUCGGCUCUCGCUGCUCAGUUUGGGGUUUUUGACCGAAGAUGUCGAAUUCCACAGAAAACUACCGAACCCCACUCCUGCUCCCUCCUCCAACUCUACUAUCACUGCCUUUCUAAAUUGUAAAUCUCUUGACAAAAUCUACAAAGAAAAAAAAACACAAUCUUUUACAGUUUUACUCUGUUUGACAUUAUACUAAAUCGUCAAAUCAUCAAAAAAAUGCACUUUUGUACUGUUUCUCUGUCGAACUGGAGUUGCUGCAGUAAAUACAUCUGGAAACUGUAAAAAUGGCCUUUAGUUUUCCAGCAAAUGAAUGUUAUGUCCCAGCACAACUGACAUGUUGGCUCUUUGAGGGCAGCUUUGGGGAUUUACACAAUGCCGUUUUAUCUGCUUUAUUUACGUUAUGAGGAUCGUCUUUAUAAAUCAACUCUCAUUGUAGAAUCUCUCAUGAUUUGAUUCGACACCUGUUGCGAUUUCAACAGGGUGUUUCUGGAACAAGCAAACAUUUAUUAAGUACUUUAACAUUACAUUUUUGUCUGUUCACAACAAAUCUUGCAUUCAUGUGAACUUUUAAUCAUUACCUUCUGCUUUCUAUUAUUUCCCUGUGAUUUAAUGUCUCGAUUCUCUUAAAUUCCAGAAAAAAAGUGAAGGACCAGCCUUACGUGACUUGAACGUGCCUUGAUUUCUUCCGUUUCUUCCCUGCCGUGCUCUCUGGUCUUGCUAAACCAAACUCAUUACAGGUUUUACAGGACCAAGUGUUGAAGUAAGACCAAACAUGCAUGAAACACUCCUCUACAGAUGUACAGUAAAAGUCUGUACCAGGGUAAAACACACCUCGGAACACAAAAUUAAAGUUGCGUUAACAUAUUCGAAGACAUGCUGUUCUCAAAGAUAUUUAUCCGCCUUGCACAUAUGCACAUUUUGAGACUAAUUACAAAAAACAUGUAAGAACUGUAUAAUAUGUAAGAUUUAAAACCAAAAUAUGAUUAACUUGAUAAAUUUCUUUGUGUUUUUUUUUGUACAUCUGAAAGACCAGCAUCCUUAGUCUGAGCUGCUAACAGGUUCUUAUAUUGGGGGUAUUUUUCCAACAAGACAUAUUGCACAGUGGUAUCGAUAACCAGCUGUUUGGUCCACAAUUUGAUGAUUUGUACUUUUCCUCACUUAGCAGCAGUUUGAGAGUGUGAAUCUUGUGCUACAAUCCAUUAUUACUCUGAAACAGAUGGAUCUAUAUUUGUAAUUUUCUCUAUUUUACCUUGAAUAUGUAGUCUAUGACCAAUGCUGCCAUUUGGCUCUGUCUUUUUUUUUUUUUUUCCUGAAUACAACACACAGAAUGAUGCUCUGGUACUUAUGUACUAGUGGAUCUUUGCUUUUGUAAUACUGAAACAUUAACAGAUGGUGGAGUAUAAAAAGAAAAAAAGGUUUCUGAAUGUCAUGUAACUUCAUUGGGAAAAUAAAAACUUCUUUACUGUA